CGCUCGCAUGGAUUUACCCGAAACAUCACGCGUACGCUUUUAAGCUUUUUUUCCCACAAUCUUUCGAAGCCGAUCGAUCAAAUCCGUGCUCCCGACUAAAAAGAUCGUAAAACCCUUAAAAUAAACUGCGGCCGUAAAAACCCUUAUAUUUGCAUUUUAUGUUUACCCCAUUAGUUUGAGCCACGGACUAACCCUUUCCCCCUCCGCUCACACCCCGAAUUCAUUAUACACCCUCCUCCGCCGUCCAGGUCGUACAGCGCGAGGCCUUGCAUUUAGCCCAUGUACCCUGUCCGCAUUCCGUGCUUAAUCGAUAUACGCGCACUUUUCCGAAGAAUCCAAUUUCCGGCUGCUGCUGCUGGCGCGGCUCAGCGGUAGCUUUUGAGUCGGCCGUUGUUUGGAAUUCGGUCUAUGCCUAUGCCAGCCGACGAGAGCGGGAGAGCGCGCGCGGAAUAGAAAACGCAAGGCUCGUAUUUUGAAUUCGGCGCGACGCUGCGAAAUUAAAUUGGAUGGUUGGAAGAGAGAGAGAGAGAGAGAGAGAGAGAGAGGCUGAGUUGGGUUAAUUCGUGCGCUACUCGCGGAGGGGGGAGGUUGGCGCAGUUUUAUGGCUGGACGGACGAUGUUAACCUGCCGCGAGCGAAAAAUUGAUUUGAUGGAAAAACACGUGCACUUUUUUUUUAAGUUUCGGGAAAGAUCAACGUGGAAUUACUCAAGUAAUCGACACGUGCCGAAGAAUAGGUGUGUUACAUAAUGAAUGGGUAAAUAUUGACGAUGUAUACUUCUGUAUGAUUGGCAUUGAAUGCCCGGUGUGCUUUAGCUUGAAACGUCUAUUGUGUUUUUAUUGAAUAGUAGAAUAUUAUAAGAAUUUGAAAGGUCAUUUUCUUAGGUAGACUAUAAAGUUCGUGUUAUUAGUGUAUUUUCGUCAUUUUGAAGUCGGAUUAGUUUGGUGCCGGAGAUCUUUUAAUAUAGUUUCAUCAUCUUUGUUAAAAAUGAAAAUUUUUGCAGUGGUUUUUGCGGUUUUCUUGGUAGAAAGAGGGAAUCCGGUCGACUUAAGCGACGAAAACUUAGAAUCGGUUGCAAGAGAUUUAUUAAACCGAGUUGUAUCAAUAACAGAUAGCAUAAAAGAAAUUCGCAAUAAGAUCGCUGUAGCACCAGAAGAACUCAAAGACAAAAUCAUUAGCUUUAGCGAUUCUCAAGUCACGAAUGAACCAAAGAUUUUGAAUGUACUAGAAGAAAUAGAUAAUAAACCAGCCUUUCAAGGCUUUGGCCACUGUCACAAAUUUUUUGAACGCAAAACACAGAAAGUGAAAGAUGCAUUAGCAAAAAAUAUUACCAAAUUUAUCAACAUACAACUAAGGGACAACGAAAUAAGCGUCGAUAAUCUUGCGCAUGAAACUGCGAAAAUCACCGUCAAUCUGCAAGGUGAUAAUUUGGACAAGGAAAUAACACUAUGCAAAAAUAGCGAUUCCAAUCAAUGCAAUCUAACAGGAAAGUACGAAACUGAGAUUGACCACAGUGAGAAAGUUAUCAGUAAUAUUAAAAAUAUAAUGAACUUAAUCGUGGAAUUCGUCUAUGGGCGUCAUAUAGUAAAGAAAAAUAUACUGGCCGUAGCAUCAAAAAACGUCACAAACUUUUUAUACUUUUUGGUUGUCUUGAAAAGCCAGCUAAACCAUAAUCUGUGAAAGAUCUACUUAUAUACAUUAGUAUCGAACAUACAUUGUUAGGAUUACUCUACAUAUUACUGACACUGUAUUAAAUUAAUAUUUGUAAAUAAAAAAUUGAGCACAGUGUGAGAGACGAGUUGUUUAGAAUUUUGCAUUGCCGAGCCUUGUCCUAUGACAUUUAUCAAU